AUGGCGACAGGCCCGGCGACUCAAUCGCUAAAGUGUGUCGUAACUGGCGACGGUGCUGUUGGAAAAGUCAGUACAUCGCUGUCGCUCUUGCAGCUUUCAAAUCCCCUCCCAGCAUUGUCUACAUGUCUUCUAAUCUCAUACACAACAAAUGCUUUCCCCGGAGAGUACAUCCCGACCGUCUUUGAUAACUACACUGCCAGCGUGAUGGUUGAUGGCCGUCCGAUCAGCCUGGGACUGUGGGAUACCGCCGGACAAGAAGAUUAUGACCGCCUGAGACCGCUUUCCUACCCACAAACCGAUGUUUUCCUGAUAUGCUUCUCGAUUGUCAGCCCCCCCUCGUUCGAUAACGUCAAAGCCAAGUGGUACCCCGAGAUCGAACACCAUGCCCCUAGUGUCCCCAUCAUCCUUGUCGGUACUAAACUUGACCUGAGAGAUGACCGCGCGACUGCCGAUGCCCUCCGAGCCCGCAAGAUGGAGCCCGUAUCGUAUGAGCAAGCCUUGGCGGUGGCCAAGGAGAUCCGUGCACACAAAUAUCUGGAGUGCUCUGCGUUGACGCAGCGCAAUCUUAAGAGCGUAUUUGACGAAGCGAUCCGCGCGGUUCUUAACCCUCGUCCUCUCACAAAAUCUGGGCGAAAGAACAAAUGCAAGAUCUUGUAA